CAUCAGUCAUCCGUCAGUCACAGUUGAAGAACAGUACAUGCUUCUUUCAACAUUAUUUCUCUCAAACCUAUAUUUACGGAUCAGGUGUUGGAACAAUACCUUGGGUGGCUACUGGGCAUCAUUCCCUUUCCACUCCCUAAACGUUUGCAUUUAACAGCAACACAAUGUGGAAGCUAACUCUAUCUGCAGGUCUCUGUUUGAUCUUUGCCAGCUUGGCUUCUACCUCCAGGCUGAUGUGCUACUACAACAGCAAGGCUGAAGACAGACCAAAUGUCGGGAAGUUCAGAGUUUCAGAUAUUGAUCCGGACAAGUGCACCCAUCUGAUUUUUGCCUUUUCUGACAUAAGUGAAAAUGAGCUGGUUCCCACAACUGUAAAUGAUGUUCAGCAGUACUUCGAGUUUAACGCACUCAAACAAAGAAAUCCACUUCUGAAAACCCUGUUGGCUGUUGGUGGAGAGAAGUUUGGGACAGAAAAAUUCAGGACAAUGGCGGGAUCACAAGGGAACAGAGAAGUGUUCAUCCAGUCUGUAAUCAAACUACUCAGAGCAUUCAAUUUUGAUGGGCUAGACGUAGACUGGAGGUACCCAACUGAAGAGGACAAGCAGAGAUUCACAGAGCUUUGCAAGGAGCUGGAAACAGCCUUUGUCGAUGAAGGAACUUCAAGUAACCAGGAAAGAUUAAUCCUCGCAGCAUCUGUCUCUGCUGAGAGGUCAACCAUCGAUGCUAGUUAUGAAGUGGAAGAAAUUGCCAUGCACCUGGAUUUCAUCAACGUGUUGACGUUUGACUUCCACGGCCCCUGGGAAAGUGUCACAGCACAUCACAGCCCCUUAUUCCAGGGAUCCCAAGACACUGGAGAUGCUAUCUACUCUAACACUGCCUCUGCCUUAGAGUACUGGCGGGACCAGGGAGCACCUGAAGAAAAACUGAACAUGGGGUUUGGAGCUUUUGGACGAGCUUUUUCCCUGUCCUCUAAUUCAAGCGCUGUCGGUGCACCAGCCAGUGGUCCUGGUGAGGAAGGCUGCUACACCGGUGAAGACGGAUUCUGGGCCUCUUAUGAGACUUGCCUUUAUCUAGAUGGGGUACAAACCCAUUUUAUUUCUGAUCAGAAAGUUCCAUAUGCCACAACAGAAAAUCAGUGGGUUGGAUUUGACGACACAACCAGUAUAAGUACCAAGAUCAAUUACCUCAGAGCAAACAAAUUCGGAGGAGCCUUUGUCUGGUCUCUGGACCUGGAUGAUUUCAGAGGAGAGUUCUGUAACCAGGGCAAGUGCCCAUUCGUUAGCCAACUACAUAAUCUGCUUGUACCAGGUUUCCCUGAAUCACCUACCACAUCUCCCCCUACAACAACCACAGCGGCCCCUACUACAACCACAUCGCCCCCUACAACAACA